ACUGGCUUGAAAAUGCCGAAUUAAAAUAAAGGAGGAUAAGCUUAUCGUGUUUCUGUUGCGUGAUAAGUAACUGUUAGUACAUAAGCAUAGCUUAGUGUACGUAUUUUACAUAGGUUAAUUUUCGGUUAUUGCUUCACAGUUUAUGAUGUUAGGAAUAAGUUUUUUUCUAAGGAAAUAUUUGAAAAACAAGUGUGUAUAAUGCAACAUUGAAGACCAUUGUCUGGAACCAUCUGGUCUGGGUGUUCCUUUUGAAUAGCAAGCAAGCAAAACUCCUGUACCGUGUAAUAUAAGCAUUUCUAGUAACUGUCAUUAUUAAUUAUGAGCAAGAAAACACUGCAGAAAGGAAUCUUAGGGGUAAAGCGGGAUCCAAACAAACCGUUGCUUUUCAGCUUUGGAGGUGAAAUGUGGCCAUCUGAUGAUUCUGAUGACUCUGAUUUCUCAGUGGAUAGUAAUUCACAUAGUCUGAGGGAGCAUUCAUUAGCAGAAGAAAGUAGUUCAUCUGAUACAUUGGAGUUAGGCAUUCAAAGUUUACAGAGCAAAGCUGAUAGUCAGAGCUCAUGUAGUCUGCCUAGUAAUAAUGACACUCAGUGCAUAAGAAGCAAGAUGGAAAUAGAUGGAAAUGAAGAUAGCUUAGCAGCUUCUAAAAGUAGUGGUAUUGAAAUGAUGAGUAGCCCAGAGUACAGUUGUGAAAAUCUUAACAGCAAUUCUAGUAUUAGUGUAGACGUCUGUAAUGGUACACCUUUACUGAAAGAACCAACAUUUCCUACCUUAAAAAAACGGAAAUAAAGAAGCACAAACAUGAACAAAAUAGGAGUAAUAUUCCAAACAAAAAAGAGAAAAAGGAUAAAGAAAAAUCUCAGCAUUCCAAAGGAGGAGUAAAAAUAGUUAAGCAAAAGAACCACAAGAAAAAUAAAGAAAAAGAGCUAUGUAAAGAGGAAGAGCAGGUCAACAAAACUAAUUCAUUUAAAACAAAGUCUAGAACUAAGAAAAUUGAAUCAGAUCCUGAAUGCCCUUCAGAUUUUAUUGAAGGACCUUGGGGGAGAUACAUUCCAGAAGAGAUACUUGUUUACAUAUUUAAAACCAUAGCCCGUAAAGACGGUGUGUUCCCUUUGUUACCAAGAGUUUCAAGGGUGUGUAAACUAUGGAACAAAGCUGCUCAAGACCUUUCACUUUGGGAGUAUGUUGAUCUUUCUUGGGGAAGAAUCUGUCGCUCAGAAGACCAGCUUAUUCGGCUUAGCAAUCAGUGGCUAAAACGUACAUCUGAUCUCAACUUAACUGGAUGGGGCACCACUCUGACAUGCAGAGGUGUUUCGGCCAUUGCCAAAUCUUGCCCUCUGCUGACAAGUAUUAGCCUUGGCCAAUGCACCCGCAUAUCUCGAGAAUGUAUGCAGCUCUUGGCUGAUCACUGUCCUAAUCUGACCAGCAUUGAUCUCUCAGGAGUAUCCAAGAGAUAUAGCAGUCAACAUAGUCCUCUUUCACCAGCAAGUCUCAAGUAUCUAGUCUCUCAAUGUGGAAAGAGACUUACUCGCCUCAUUUUGGCAGAAAAUGAAGUUGCAGCAAUGAGUUCAGUAUUAAAUGCUAUCUGUGAAUCCUGCCCAAGGCUAGAAGAACUUGAUAUUUCAAACCUUACAGUGCUUGGAGGAAGCUUGGUCCUGUUUCCAGAACAACUUCAACAUGGUUGUCCUAAUCUCAGAAUUUUGCGUGUGGCAAAUUCUCCACUAUCUCUGUCUUCUGUCUCUCUUGCUAAACAGGCACAGUCACCUGGAUUUCAAGAACUAGAAGAACUUAGCAUUGCUUUAGAGAGUGACUACCAAUCUGGUCUAAAUGAUGCAGGUCUUGAAAGAAUCACAAAAAAGUCCCAUAAAUUGAAGCUACUGGAUGUGAGAGGUUGUCGUAACAUAUCUGUAUCAGGGUUGAUUCGUGUACCAGCAUGGGAUAUUCAACAUCUUUAUCUUGCUCAGAGUGCUGCAGCACGGAUGUCUAAUCUGGAGCUAGUCCUGCAGAAGUGGAGCCAUAGUUUAGAAGUUGUUGACCUGUCAUGGGCUAAUAAUGAUGAAGCAAUAAAUCAAGGUAUAGAAGCUUUGGCUACAGCAGAGAGAGGUUGUCUGAUUCGAACACUUGACCUUAGUGGUAGUGCUGUUUCCUACUCUGCCAUCAAAACACUUUUGAGCAAAUGUCACACCCUUUGUACACUAAAUCUUCAGUCCUGUCGAAGUCUGCCACGAGGCAUGAAACGUCUGUACAACAAUCCUGAACUUCUUCGACUUCGUGAAGACAUCAUUUCUGGGAAGUUUGAAGAAUAUUUGUAAAAUAUGCUCCAGUGAACUGCCGAAUAUAUUACUUUACGUAUGUAAAUAUUUUAUUAUUCUUACAAGAUUCUUGAGGACAUAAUGUUUUACAGUUCUUUUUAUAUUAUUUUUUCAUAUUACCUGUUUCAUAUCACAUUUUAAAAUGUAUUGUUAACGAUAUUUAAACAUUAUUUGUUAGAUUCAAAAAAAAUUAUUAUUUUAACACAGUGAAUAGACAUAUUAUCUGACACUUUUAAGGAUCUCUUUAACUUUUAGAACUACAUGUGAUUUAUAUAUCAUGAUCAACAUAAUUGAAAGUAGUAAUUUUAAUUGCAGUAAAUCACUUUAGUGAGCUGGAAAUAUUUGAUUUCCUUACCUUUUGGAUAAAAGUAUCUGAUGUAAAUAAAUGCAAGAGCAAAAUUAAUUGAUAUUUGUUUGAUACUGUGAACAGUAGUACAAAAAGGGGAUAACUUAGUACUAAAAUCACCAAAGAUGAUACCACUGAUUUUGCCAUAAUAUUUUCCAGGAUUUGUUCUGGAACAUGAAUAUUAUUUUAUGUAGUUGUCAUUUGUGAUGAUAUUUUAAAAAUUGCACUUUUAUCAAAAUAUAUAUAUAUAUCAUGCCAAGUAUGUGUAAUAUACUUUUUCUCAAAAAAACCAUUGGAAACACUUGCAUCUU